AUGUUGGGGCUCAAUAGAUCAUUACUACAAAAGUGUGCCAGGGCAAGGCUACAACUCAAAGCAAAGAGCGCUAUCCGAGAACAUACAUCCAUAGCAACUAACCCUGGAUCAAGUACAAUACCAACCCCGUCACUUUUUGCAAGUCGAUUUCUUCAACCUUUGAAGGAGAUAAACAACACCAGAGACAACUUAGUUGUCAACAGCGCCAACAAGAUCACAAGUUCAUCAUAUUUGGACCUACUACCCGACGCAUACGAAAUUGAAGAAUCAGACAGAGAAAAUAAACAUUAUACUUCCAAAACUGAUGAUGUCACGAGGAAACCAUAUGAAAGGGAAAUCAAUUACUUGAGAAACAUGUUAGAGUCAUUUUCGGCCGAAAGUUUCUUUGAGCGUACAUUUCAAAUCUUGAAAUCGUUGUCAAAAUUGGUGAAUCAAGAAGAGCUCACUCAGUUUGGUAAUAGGUCCUUAGAAGCAAUAACGCGAGACCCUUCUAUGAAACCAGAGGCUGUCAAGAAAGUUAUCAAACAAAUGGAGGAGUUUUGCAAGUUCAAACCUGAUGAACGUACUGAAGCCAUUGUUUUGAAGAGUGUUGUCCAAAAUGGUGGUGACUUGAACGCUUAUUUUGCUAAUUUGAAGGAUAGGCGACUGAUUAAAAAGAUUUUACGCAAUACAGACGUAAUUGGAGCUGACAAUAUGUUUCAAAUUUUUGACUCCAAGGAUAUAGAUAUAUCUUGUAUCCCUGGGGAGUUGAUGGAAGUAUACAAGAAUUACAAGUUGAACCAACAAGAUGGUGAAGUGGUAGAAGAUACGAUCAAGCUACAGCAAAACAUCGAAAUUAAUGCAUUGGACAAGGAAAACUUGGAUGAAUUGUUACCAGUGGACUCGUUUGGGUUGAAGGUUGUCAGACAUUCCUUACUAGGUCUCAAACCAAACCCCGAGCUAGCUGUUCAUUUCACAAGCGAGAUCGAAGAGAUUGUAGCAGAUUUGGGCGAAGAAACAAGAAAGGAAAUAAAAGAUGGGAAACUCAACUAUCAUGACAUUUAUAAACGAUUGCAAACAGAUGAACAGAGGACAACAUACGAUGAAGCUCUUGAAGCGUUCAAUAUGGAGAGACAAAGACAAAUUGAAAUUCGAGGCAUAGAAGGAGCAAAAGAGAAAUGGAAGCACGACUUUGAAGAAGCACAAAAAAGAGGGGAUCUCAACUUGAACAAAAGCAUGAAUGCACAAUGUUACGACUGGUACCAAAAGCUAAUACCAUUGAUUGAAAAAGAACACGAAUUGUGUAAAGCUUUGUUGAACGAUGAGAAAGUAGAGUCCAAAGAUGAUAUUACAACAGCCAAAGAGCGAGCAUUUUAUGCCCCAUUUUUGAUCAAAGUUGGGGCUGAUAAAGCAGCCGUUAUAACAAUUUUGGAACUUUUGAAAUUGAAUGCCAGUGGUGGUACAUAUGGAGGAAUGAGAGCAGCUAAAGCGGUUGAAUCAGUGGGAAGGGCUAUUGAACAGGAAUUUCGGUCAAGCAAUUUGGCAAAUCAGGAAUACAAGAUGUCUGUUAGUCGAAAAGUGGCUGGAUCAUCCCAAAUGAAGAAUAUUGUUCGCAAAUCAAUCGACUCUUUGGAAGAAGAGGAUCCAGAAUGGGAUCGUGCUACGAGAACGAGAGUUGGUGGAGUUUUGAUUUCAUUUUUAAUGGCUAUAGCUAAAGUCAAAGUUAGAAAACAAACAUCAAAUGGACCAAUUGAAGAUUACCACCCAGCAUUCUACCAUGGUAUGCAAUUUCUAGGAGGUCAAAGAUUUGGAGUUAUCAAGGUACACAAUGAAAUUUUCAAGCACUUGUCAGGCACAUCGUUUAUCGAAACCAUUCAACCACAAUCGUUGCCCAUGUUGGUGAAACCAAGACCAUGGGAGUCAUUUUACGGAGGAACUGGAUUGUAUUCAAAGAGCCCCUUGGUCCGGAUGAAAGAUGCUCCGGAAACUGAAGCUUACGUUAAAGCAGCCGCAAAGAGAGGUAACUUGCAAGAAGUAUUUGAUGGGUUGAACGUAUUGGGAACCACUGCCUGGACCAUCAACAAAAAGGUGUUUGAUGUGAUAUCCCAUUAUUGGAACAAAGGUGAUGAGUUUCUCACAAUCCCGCCAGUUCUAGAGUCAGCGAAAUUCCCGCCUAAAUUGAGCCCCGAUGCUGAUCCUUCUGAAAGGUUUGAUCAUGCAAAAGCCACCAUCAAAGCAGUCCGCGAGUUUUCUUCCCUGAGGUCUCAACGGUGCGAUUACAACUAUAAGCUUGAAAUCGCACGUGGGUUCAUUGGAGAAAAAUUGUAUUUCCCACAUAAUCUCGACUUUAGAGGUAGAGCAUAUCCAAUAUCGCCUCAUUUGAAUCAUUUGGGUGGAGACUUGACUAGAUCAUUGUUCUUAUUCUGGGAAGGUAAAGAGUUGGGAGAACGCGGAUUGGAAUGGUUAAAAGUCCAAUUGGCCAAUGUUUAUGGUGUUGAUAAAGCACCCAUUCUGGAGCGAAUCCAAUUUGCUACUGAUCACAUAGAGGAGGCCAUAAAGUCAGCUAAGGAUCCCUUGAACCACAAGUGGUGGACCAAAGCCGAAAAACCAUGGCAAGCAUUGAGUGUUUGUUUUGAAUUAGCCGAGGCGUAUGCAUUGCCUGAUCCCACGAAAUUUGUAUCUUAUUUGCCGGUACAUCAAGAUGGUACAUGUAAUGGACUUCAACAUUAUGCUGCAUUGGGUGGUGAUAUCGAAGGUGCAAACCAAGUCAAUUUGAAUCCAUCUGACAGACCUCAAGAUGUGUAUACAUUUGUUUCUAAAUUGGUUCAAAAUAGAGUCAAUGCUGAUGCUGAAAAGGGUCACGAUAUUGCCAUCUUUUUCAAGGAUAAAAUCAAGCGAAAAGUUGUUAAGCAAACUGUUAUGACUAAUGUGUACGGUGUUACUUUUGUUGGUGCGUUGGCACAAAUUAAGAAGCAAGUGGCUCAACAUUUUGGUGAAGAUCAAGAUGGGCAUAUAUACACCAAGUACCUCACCAAACAAGUGUUUGAAUCGAUUAGAGAGUUGUUUGAAAAUGCUCAUUUGAUUCAAGAUUGGUUAGGUGAAGCCGCGAAAAGAAUAAGUAAGUCAGUGUCGCUUGAUUAUGGUGAGACAUCAAACAAUCAAGUUGAGUUACAUUCUUCAGCAGUCAUUUGGACAACCCCCUUGGGUUUGCCUUGUGUGCAACCAUAUCGAGUAAACAAACAUCAUUCAGUUAAAACUUCGGUUCAAGAUGUGCUCAUUUCAAAUCCAUCAGGAACGUCAACGAUUGAUUCUCGAAAACAACAAGCCGGAUUCCCACCAAAUUUCAUCCACUCACUAGAUGCAACACACAUGUUGAUGACAGCGACUAAUUGUGGAGAAUCAGGUUUACAAUUUGCAUCAGUACAUGAUUCCUUCUGGACCCAUGCUGCCAACAUCGAUGCCAUGAAUGAGAUAUUGCGUGAACAAUUUGUUAGAUUACAUACGCAAAACCUUGUUCAAAUUCUCCGUGAUGAAUUUGUUGAGCGGUACCAGAGAUCGUAUCAAAUUUUGCAUAUCCCAUUGACUCAUGAAUUGACACACAAGAUUAAAGCGAUCAAGAAACAAUGGGCAACAUCAAUCAAAAGAGCGGUUACAAUAACUGAUGAGUUGUAUAUGGAAAGGAAAAGAUUGGAGAUGUUGCAAUCAAAUAAUCCUGAAGAAGUUGAAGCUGCUAAACGAAUGGAAACUACCAUUAGUGUAGUUGACGGUUACAAUCCAUAUGAGUUUUGUCAACCAAUUAAACGCAAGGCUUAUGAUAUCUUGGCGCCAAUCCAAUUUCCUGAAGUUCCACCAAAAGGUCAAUUCGAUGUACGAAAAGUUAAGGAUUCUCAUUACUUUUUCUCAUAG